UUUCGCUAUGCAGAUUGGCUUGACAAACUGUACAUGGUGCUGGGAACUUUGGCUGCCAUUACCCAUGGAGCUGCACUCCCACUCUUGAUGCUGGUGUUUGGAGAAAUGACUGAUAGCUUUACAAAUGCAGGAAGUAAUCUGACAAGCAUUAAUAAUCAAAGUGAAAUCGACAAAACAUUGAUCUACAAGAAACUGGAGGAAGACAUGACCAAGUAUGCCUAUUAUUACACUGGAAUUGGUGCUGGGGUGCUUGUUGCUGCUUACAUUCAGGUUUCAUUUUGGUGUCUGGCAGCUGGAAGACAAAUAAACAAAAUCAGGAAAAAGUUUUUUCAUGCUAUCGUGAAGCAGGAGAUAGGCUGGUUUGAUGUGCAUGAUGUUGGGGAACUUAACACGCGGCUCACAGAGUAA